AUGAAAUCUCGGCAAACACAUACGGUCUGCCUUGAGCAGGCCGGCCGGCUUAUGACGGCCGCUUUCCGCCCCGCGGUGCAACGGCCUCAGUUACUACGACGAGCGGCACGGCCACUCUCAGUACCGUCGCCAAUACAGUCAAGGCCUCGUGCUGGUCGGCGAGGCUAUGCUUCGGUCCCGGCUGCUGACCUGCUCUUCGGCCAGCCCGUGCAUGAGACGCAUCCGCACAUCCUCAAGGCAGGAGAACUCACGCCCGGAAUCACAGCCCAAGAGUACUACGACCGGCGCUGUGCGCUCGCCGCCGCCCUCCCUCCCGACUCCGCCGCCGUCCUUCAAUCCGACUUCUUCUACCUGACGGGCUUCAACGAGCCGGAGGCCGUGGCCGUCCUCCGCAAGACGGGGCCCGACCCGGGCGACUGCGUCUUCGCGCUCCUCGUGCGGCCCAAAGACCCGCGCGCCGAGCAGUGGAGCGGCCCUUGGAGCGGCGUCGACGCGGCCCGCGACGUGUUCAAUGCCGACGAGGCUGGCGACAUUGCCUCGAUUGGGUCACUGCUGCCGUCGUUGCUACGGGGUGUCCGCACAGUAUACACAAAUUCCGAGGUGGACGUGCCGCCGCCGCCGCCGCCGCCGUCGUCCGCGCUCGCCGCCGCCCGGUCCAUCAAGGCGCUCCUCGACGAGGCGGGCGUCGCGCGCGUGCAUCCCCUGGCGCCCGUCGUCGCCCAGCAGCGCUCCAUCAAGAGCACGGCCGAGAUUGCCAACAUGCGCCAGGCCGGCCGGCUGUCGGGUCGCGCCCUGACGAACGCCAUGCGGCGACCGUGGACGCGCGAAAAGGACCUGGCCGCGUUCUUGGACUACGCGUUCCACCAGGACGGCGGCGACGGCAUCGCCUACGUGCCCGUUGUGGCCGGUGGGCCCCGCGGCCGGCUGGUGCACUACGUUCUCAACAACGCGGCGCUGAACGCGGACGAGAUGGUGCUGGUCGAUGCCGGUGGCGAGUACGGCACGUACAUUACCGACAUUACGCGCACAUGGCCCAUCGGUGGGCGGUUUUCGGCGGCGCAGCGCGACCUGUACGAGGCCGUGCUGCGCGUGCAGCGGUCCUCCGUGUCGCUGUGCCGUGCGGCGGGGGGCUUGUCGCUGGACCAGAUCCACCGCAUCACGAGCGACGGCUUGCGGAAGGAGCUGACGAAGCUCGGCUUCUCCUUCGGGUACAGUUUUUCCGGCAGCUCGGACGGACUGUCGGAGCUCUUCCCGCACCACGUUGGCCACUACGUCGGUCUCGACGUGCACGACACGCCGAGCGUCCCGCGGCACAUCGCCCUUCAGGUGGGCCACUGUGUCACCAUCGAGCCGGGCAUUUACGUGCCGGAUGACGCGCGGUGGCCGGAUCAUUUCCGUGGUAUGGCUAUACGUAUUGAGGACAGCAUCUGCGUCGGUGAUGAGAACCCGCACAUCCUCACCACAGAGGCCGUCAAGGAAGUCGUGGACAUUGAGGCAUUACGAGAGGUGUAG